UUUACAGUAUUUCAAUUAUGAUAAUUGUUUAGAAUUUAAAAUCUACAAAAUCUGCAUUGAAGAAUGCAAAUUCUUUCAACAAAAUAUUUACAAAUUUGAAUAUGGACACAAGUAGUAAAAAGAAAAUAAAACAUAAUAGUUACAAAUUUACAUAUUUUCUGAAGAAAUUUUGUUGCAGUAGAUCUAUGAGGACAAGUUCUCAGGAAUCGAUGAACGUAGAUAAUGUAUCCAACAGUUUUGAAUGUAUUCCAGUUCGAAAGACGUGGACUAUUAAACCUGAAAUGAUGAGAAGGACAAGGUCACAGUCAUCUAUUCAAGACAAAACAAAUUGUUCUUUGAAUACUUCUUGUUUUAAAAUUAAUCAUAUAAACAAAUCAAACGAGAAUGCUAAUUUUGUUAGAGAUUUAAGAAAGAAUGCUAUUUCAUCUCACGAGAAAUAUUCAAUUUAUAAGCAGAAUAAUUUGAAAGUUAAAGAUGAAAGUAAAUCCAAAAACAAUUCUCCAAAUAGAAAGUUACCACAUAUAGAGUAUUUAGACUUAAAGAAUUUCGAUAUUCAAACUGUGGACACAAAUAGUGUAGAAAGUCACAUACCCUCAUUUGAUUGUCUAAUGAAGCAUAAGAAAAAAGAUCACAAAGUCAAAACUAUAAGGCAAUCAUUUGAAAAUUUCUCAGAAAUACCAUUUGCUGUUGAUGACUCCAAUAAAGAAACUUCUAAGAAUAAUAAACAUAACGUAUAUCAUACAUUUGAUAACAAGUCAAAUGCUAAAAUUCGAAAGAAACUUUGGAAAGAUUUAUAUAAAACCUUGAGAAAAUUAUUUGUUUUGGAAGAAACAACAAGUUGGGUAUCAGAUGAUAUUAAAAAAAAAAUGUUAACAUUGCUUGUAAAAAGCACAGAUAGUGAAGUUCUUUGUAGAGAAAAAGUAAAUAUUUCUACUGAAUCUGAAAGAUUAUCUAAGAACAGAGUAAGAAGUCAUGACAGUUUGAAAGAAGACAAUUUUAUGAGUAAAAAUGUUUCUCUGUCAUUUGAAAAUGCAAAUUCUGAAGAAGAAAGCAAUACUGAUCAAUUAUCAAAAAACUGGAUAGAGCAACAUGUAGAUGAUAAUAUAAAAGUUGAACAGAAAAAAUCUCAAGCUAAUAUUAAGAAAAGUGAAGAAAAAAUUAAGAAAAAAAAGAACCAAAAUGUUAACACUAAAUUGGAUGAAUCAUUUGAUGAACAUUAUUACUUGAAAAAUGAUCCCAAUAAAAAAUUAUUCAAAAAGGGUAGUAUUAGAGAAUCAAGAGAAGAUAAAGAACAUCAGAAAGAUAUUGAUAAGCAAUUCACAAAAGAAAAUAGGAAACCUCAGAGAGAGAAAAUGUCACAAAGUGAAAAAAGUUAUUCCACUGAAUCUGAUACUAGAAAAAAGGGAAUUAUAAGAGAAGAUUUUGAUAAGAAUGCAACAAAUAUUUAUAAAAAUUCUCAGAUAGAAAAAAUACCUGCAAGUGGAAGAAAUGAUAAAUAUGAAUUUGAUGUUAAUAAGAAAAAAGCAACACAUGAAAAACUUACAGAGUACUUCCAAGAAAUUGAAGUAUCUCCUAUAGAUCCACCGCAGUCUUAUACAAUUGAUGGUAAUAUUUUAACAAUCAACAAAGAAACAAUACCAUCUAAUUUUGGAAUCAAACAGAAAAAGCUUUCCAGUUUAAAUUUAAAAUUAAAGCAAGGAGAAAUAAAUGGAGAUCAGAAAUUUACUAAAAUAGAUGUCUUUCAAAUACCACUUAACGAAACAGUGCAUCCUGUACAAUCAAUCAAAGAUAUUGUUCAAUCCACAUCAGAAAGAAAUGCUAAAAUAAUUAUAAUAUCACCUGACAAAUCUGAUAUUAUAUCGCCAUCAAAAAGAAAGUCUCCAAUAACCAUAUUACCAUCAAAAUUUGAUGACAACGGAGAAAAUGAAAUUCUCCAAAAAUCAUCAAUAUCUGGCUUAAAUAAAAAUCCAAUAUUGAUACCUAUAAAAAGUCAACUUGAUGCAAAAGAAUCAAAAACAAGACCAACUAUUGUUGCUGUUGCUGCAACUGAUACUUCAAAACCUGCCAAACUCAAAGAAAAAUCACUAACAGUAAUAGUUUUGCCCUCUCCAUUUGAAUUGCAGGAACAACAGACAUAUGAAGGAAUCAUUGAUAAAAAGUGGAGUAAUUUGAUACAAGAUCUAGGCUCAUCUUUGCCACCUUCUGUUUACAAAAAACCAAUGUUUAUCUUGGUGCCAAAGGAUUCUGAAUAUGCUUCUAAGAAGAUAGUUCUUGAAGAUCCAAAAGGAAGUAAAAACAGGCCAAUUGUUUUUGUACCUUCAAUAGAGCACUUCCCUCAGCAACAAAUAAUUAAAGAGGAGCCAAUUGAAAAUUUUUCAAAUAUUGAUGAUCAAUUACCUACACUAAUAGUACUUCCUUCAAAAUCUGAGCAUAUUUUGAUUAAAAUCGAUAAUGCUCCAAUAGAAUCUUGUAAUGUAGCCAAUGUUGAACCUGACAGAACAGAAACAAAAAUUGAAGAAAAGUUUAUAGUGAAUGAAACACCAUUGAAAUGUGAAAUUACAAAUGAUUAUAAAUUACCUCAGAUAAAAAAACAUAAAUCUGAUCAAUCUUGCAUUGAAAAAUCAAUGCAAUACAGACUAUUACAGAUAUCUAAUAAGAAUCAUAAAAUUACUAAAAAAAUUGGUCAUAAAUCAAGCAAACUUAAUCCAGCUUAUCUCAUUCUUCAAAAACCAAAUAGGUCAAUUUGUGAUUCAAAUAAGAAAUUGGAAAAUUUGUCAAUUCAAUAUUCUGGAAGCCAACAGUUAUCUAUAGAAUCAAAGUUUAACAUUAGUAAAAAAAGUAAAGACCUACAGAAUGCUCAAGUCACUUUAGAUUUAUUUGAUGAAAAUGAAGAAGAUAAACAACCUUUACAAACUGAAACAGAGAUUCCUACGAAAGAAUCCAAAUUUUCAAAAACAAAUACACUGAAGAAAAGUAGUCAAGAUAAUAGAAGUUGGGAAUUUCAUAACAGAAAAGAAUUAGAAGAGAAUAAAUUGAAGAAAGGUGACUUAAAAACUUAUGGUCAAAUCCUACAAGAGAGAAUGGAGGCAAGAUUUCUUGAGGAACAUAGAAAAAAUGAUGAUGAUUUCUACACAAUAGUUGAUUCUUUAAUGGUUGCUUUACAUGAACGAAAAGAAAAAUAAUCAUAUUUAAGUUAUUUUGAAUUAUUUUUCAGAAUAAAUGAAAUAAAAUUAUAUUUAUAUAUCAUCUAAUAAUUUUUGUAAUUAAAAGAACCAUUAAUCCUGUUAUAAAACUGAAUAAAAUAUUAUUAAAUAUAACUCUUAUUAACCAUUUAAAAUUUAAAAAAUGGGUAGAAAUAAGCCAAUAAUGCUAUAUAUCUAACUAUCUUAAGAUACACAUUCAACAAAACAUGAUCACAUCAAAAUUUAAGAUAAUUAUAAUUGUUUGUGAUAAAUGUAUUAAAAAUUGUAAAGAUAAUUUAUUAUAUAAAUUCUUUGAAAACAUAAAAAUUAAAUGGAAACUACAAUCUCAUUAAUUCCUAUUGAAAAAUGCUUCAUUUUAUACAAUAUAUCAUAUUGUUUAGUUACAUAAAACAAAUCGUUGGUGUAUAAGAAUAGUGACACAACUCAAAAAAAUAGAUCUUCCAGAAAAGCCAUUUAAAAGUUUCUUGUUUCCUGCAAGGCUUUGUCAUGAUCUUGGAUUUUUAAAAUUUUCAAAUCUUUUUUGGAAAUAAAUAUUAGUGUUCGUUCUUCCACAUAUGUAUGGGGGAGUUUGCUAUACAUUUCUACAAUAAACUCGAAAUUGGAAAUUUUUGAGUUGUGUCACUAUUCUUGUGUACCAACGAAAUAUAACUUUUAUAAUUUUAUAACAUUCUUGAGAGAGGAAUAUCCAGUUAUCAUCAGAAGGCAUUAGCAAUAGAUUUAUACAUGUUUUAUAUAUACAGAGACAAUAUUUAAAAUUUCAUUGUUAAAAUGGAAUUUUAAAUAUUGUUCCAAAUUGAAUCUCUUUUCAGAAAACCCGACAAAGGCUUAUUAAUAAAGUUGAAAACAUUAGUUUGGUUAAAGAACAAUUUGCUGGAAAACUACAUAAGAUAUUUUGUGUGUAUCUAGUUAU